CGCCCCUCGGCUCCUUGCCUUCCCCCUCCCCUCCGCCUCCUCUCCUCCCUCCCGCUCUUGGGAAAGAGAAGCUACUGCUGCGGGUGGGUAGUGAAGCGCUCGGCGCCUCCGGGAGGGGACCGCGCCCGCCCGAUUUGAGCCCUAGAGCAUGCCCGUUCCAGCCUCCAGGUAGCUAAAAUUACAGAUGUUCACCACUGAGCCUGGCUCUACAGAAUGGUCCUGAUACUCUGUUGAAAAUCAUUUAAUCAUAAAUGGUUUAUAAAAAGAAAUGUCUCUAGUAGAGAGCGUCUGCACCUGGACUUUUGUUUCUGGUUACAAAAUGUCCUCCUAUGCUUGAGACCUACAGACUACAUGUCCUACAGGAACUAAUCAAUGGUUUUUCAUCUCCUGGAGAUACAUUAGAAACAUAAAUAUGGUGCCAAAAGAACUUCUUAUAUUUCUCUGACUACGGUUUAUUUGGACAUACUUUUAUAUUGAAGAGAGGUAUACACACUGAGGCUACUCGUUAUACAGAGACUUUGUCGUGUAGGAUCAUGGACCAUCCUAGUAGGGAAAAGGAUGAAAGACAACGGACAACUAAACCCAUGGCACAAAGGAGUGCACACUGCUCUCGACCAUCUGGCUCCUCGACAUCCUCUGGGGUUCUUAUGGUAGGACCCAACUUCAGGGUUGGCAAGAAGAUAGGGUGUGGGAACUUCGGAGAGCUCAGAUUAGGUAAAAAUCUCUACACCAAUGAAUAUGUAGCAAUCAAACUGGAACCAAUAAAAUCACGUGCUCCACAGCUUCAUUUAGAGUACAGGUUUUAUAAACAGCUCGGCAGUGCAGGUGAAGGUCUCCCACAAGUGUACUACUUUGGACCAUGUGGAAAAUACAAUGCCAUGGUGCUGGAGCUUCUUGGCCCUAGCUUGGAGGAUUUGUUUGACCUCUGUGACCGGACAUUUACUUUGAAGACAGUGUUGAUGAUAGCCAUCCAGUUGCUGUCUCGAAUGGAAUAUGUGCACUCAAAGAAUCUCAUUUACCGAGAUGUCAAGCCAGAGAACUUUCUGAUUGGCCGACAAGGCAAUAAGAAAGAGCAUGUUAUACACAUUAUAGACUUUGGACUGGCCAAGGAAUACAUUGACCCUGAAACCAAAAAACACAUACCUUAUAGGGAGCACAAAAGUUUAACUGGAACUGCAAGAUAUAUGUCUAUCAACACGCAUCUUGGCAAAGAGCAAAGCCGUCGAGAUGAUUUGGAAGCCCUAGGCCAUAUGUUCAUGUAUUUCCUUCGAGGCAGCCUACCCUGGCAAGGACUCAAGGCUGAUACAUUAAAAGAGAGAUAUCAAAAAAUCGGUGACACCAAAAGGAAUACUCCCAUUGAAGCUCUCUGUGAGGACUUUCCAGAGGAGAUGGCAACCUACCUUCGAUAUGUCAGGCGAUUAGAUUUCUUUGAAAAACCUGAUUAUGAGUAUUUACGGACCCUUUUCACAGACCUCUUUGAAAGGAAAGGCUACAUCUUUGACUAUGCCUAUGAUUGGGUCGGGAGGCCUAUUCCUACUCCAGUAGGGUCAGUUCACGUAGAUUCUGGUGCAUCUGCAAUAACGCGAGAGAGCCACACGCACAGGGAUCGGCCAUCACAACAGCAGCCUCUUCGGAAUCAGACUGCAUCGUCAGAGCGCCGAGGAGAAUGGGAAAUCCAGCCCAGCCGGCAGACCAAUACCUCAUACCUGACGUCUCACUUGGCUGCAGACCGCCAUGGGGGAUCAGUGCAGGUGGUUAGCUCAACCAAUGGAGAGCUGAAUGUUGAUGACCCCACAGGAGCGCACUCCAAUGCACCGAUUACAGCUCAUGCCGAGGUGGAGGUAGUGGAGGAAGCUAACUGCCUGAAAAUGCUCAACCUGUGGUGCUGCUGUUUCUUUAAGAGGAAAAGGAAGAAGACUGCUCAGCGCCAUAAGUGACCAGUGCCUCCUAGGAGUCCUCAGACCUUGGGGACUCUGACUCGAUUGCACCUGCAGCUCCUGCCAUUUCUCAUUGGAAGGGACUCCCCUGUAGGGGAGGGUGGAGAUCCAAACCAAAAAGAAGAAAACAGAUGCCCCUGGAAGAAGCCAGUGUGGGGCAGCCAGGGACCAGUGGGUCAGUUGCUGUCCCCUCCUGCCUGAGGCUCUGAGCAGGUCCCAGAGCUGCUGCUCCUCCACUACUUGCCCUUGGGGCUACUUGGUUGACUCUCCUUCCCAUUGUUUACAGUGAAGGUGUCAUUCACAAAAACUCAAGGACUACUAUUCUCUUCCCUCCCCUUCUACUUUACCCCGGUUCUUGCCCCACCCUCAACCCUCUCCAGCAUAAAAGCUAGUGAGCUAAAUGCUCUGUCUGUAAUAAGAGCUCAGGAGGCUGGGGGUGUGGCCAAGAAGGUAACAGGAAGAUGGCAGCCUGGGCUGAGAAGCAUCUUCUCCACUUCUCAGGUGCGUCUGGCAGUAUGGCUUCCUUUCCCUCUGGGCAACCUACAACCCAGCUGGCCCUAGGGUUCAGGUUUCUUCCUCCCUCCCUCCUAUGAAAUUACACUGUAGGACACAAGCUGUGAGAAAUCUGCAGUCUACUGUCCCUGUGUGUUGGUGUUCUUAGCUUUUUUGACAAGCAAAUUCCUUUCUCCAGGCAGUAGCAGGACAUGCAAAUUGUUCUGAGCAAAGGAAAGAAAACUGACUUUAUUGCACUUUUAAUUUUUUUUAAACAAACAAACGAAAAAAAAAAAACGUGGCAGAUGCAUAUUGUGUCUGGUUAUAUUGGGGGUUUUAACUUUUUUCUGUUUUGAGGGGGAUGGACCCAGCCAAGCCAUUCAGAGAGAAUGUGGGUCCAGAGGACAUUCUCAAUGGAAAGAGUUUGAUCUGCAGCACCCAGAAGAGAAGCCAAACUCUAUGUCAUUCUGAGUGAAUACUCAGGUUUGCAAGAAAACAUACUUGAAUUUUAUUCAUCUUCUCAGCUGCUGAAGAAUGUCCCUACCAGAGCCUCUUUAUCUAAUCAGACUGCAGUUUGAAAUCCUAGCUCUCCACAUGGAAUGAGCAGCCAAGUCAGACUGUGACCAGGAGACAGCUCAUCCCAGAGAAGGAGAUGCUUAACAAAAAAAUAUCUGAAAUGUCUGUUUCCUCCACUGCCAGGGACUUCCUACUAUAGCCAUGUGACUUUUUGGUGACUUGGGGGACAGGAUUAGUGAUUAAACAACCACCACCAUAUUGCCACUAGUGGACAAAAAGAGGACAAUGAACCUGCCUUCCAAAUGCCAGAGAAGCCUCAGGAUGUGGCAUCAUAGGGCCAGGGAAAGCAAAUGACAGUGUGCCCUGUCUGCCCCAGUGGCUGCAUUGUAGUAUUUAGUCUGGACUGCCUUAUCAGAAACCAAGCCCAUGAAGUUUUUCUUUGAGCAGGUCCACAACAGCAGGCGUAGAACUCAGCACAUGGGGCUACAGUGAAUAGGAGAUUUGGUGCUGGUAAAUUCCAGGGAAAGGGGGCCUGAAGUGAAAUGUCGAAAUUAUAUUCUCAAUGGGAUGUAGACUCCUUCCAGAUAAGAUGGCCAUGCAUCUAAGCGGGUAUUCCCCAGUACACCCUCCACUUCCCACCAUAGUCCAGUCGCAUGACAUAUAACCAACAAGCUUCUAGGUUCCUCAUCCUCUGGUUGAAAAAUUAAUGUGUGGAGUUAAUCUUCUCAUAUUAGAGUUCAUUCACAUUUAGUGGCUUUUCCAAAUAAUGACUUCUCAUUCCAGAUGUGACAGAAGAGAAAGUAUAAUUUACAUCAGGGAAAGUGGUCUUGUAUCUGGGAGUAAAGACCUAACCAUGCAGAACAAUGGCUGAUGACUUAGUCUGGUGGUUUGUGGCGCAAACCACAGAAAUCUUCACCUCUGGCUUGAGGUGUAGGGGCUGUCUUUUGGACUGGAAGUUUUAGGGAUACUUUCUGGUAGUUGGGAUUUCCUGACAAGUCCCUUUAUGUACCUUGUGUGGAGCAGAGAGAGCAUUCACAUGAAUCAGUUAUUGGGCUUCACUUCUUCCAUUGGAUCUUGGCUAGUGAGUAACAUUUCACUGGCUUCAAAUGUGCUUGAUUUAUGUAAAGAUUGUAAUCUCCCAUUUCUCUAAAAGAAAUGUUACUAUAUACGAUACUGAGUGUCAGGGCAAGGCAGUCAUACCCUUUCCCCACAAAGAUUUUGAAUAUUGGGGUAUACUUCCUUGCCAUUACCUAAUGGUUAAAGCCCAUCACUAAAAUUUAGUCUCUCAUUUGGUAUUUGAGUAACUCUAACUUCCUGUACAGAAAAUUUAACUUCUUCACCCCUGUAUAGAAAUGCCUUACCUCUCAAGGGAGGGCAGGGGAAAUAGUGGCAAAGCCUGGAGAUCUGGGCACACUGUAUCCCACAAAGUGCCUCCCGGACCCCGCUUCCACAAAACAGCUUGGCUGUAGGGCAGGCUGCCUUACAGCUGGGUCUGUAGCUUUUUUUUGUCUUAAGAUUUUUUAUAGGCUAGCUCUUGAGGGGUUGAACCUGAGCAGUUGGUGGUGGUGGUGGGGGCUUCCUAAUGCACUGUUCUCACCCUCCAAACCCCCACAAAUCUCUUAGAUAUUUGGUUUCUGAAGAGCCCCAGAUCCCUUUAGCAUGCAGGGUAAUGGUGAUCCUUCCAAGGCUAUGACUCCAAGGUGGUCCCAGACCUGAGAGAUUCUAUUAUUCCCUAAGAAAAACAAACCAAAACAAAAACUGCAUAACCAAGAAACAAUUUGAUCAUCAGUUCCAGCCCUACCUGUUCUACAGUUUGGCUUUAUGCCUCAGCCAGAUCCUUAAAGAAUGGUCACUUCUUCCCCAUCUCCCACACUAUCCAAGUCUACUUGCUCUAUAGUUUUUAAACUUUUUCCAUUUUACUCACAGCUAUGAUGCCAGAGGAUCAUUUUCUUUGGGAUUGAUGCAGUUAUUUCCUCUUAAAGCUAACUGAACAUCUGUUCUUACAAACACAUUAGGAGUUAUCAGCCAGGUGCUGUGGUGCACGUCUGUAAUCACAGCUACUUGGGAGGCUGAACCAGGAGGAUCACAAAUUCCAAGCCAGCCUGGGUAACUUAGAUCCUGUCUCAAGAAGACUUGGGGUUUAGCUCAGUAGUUAAGCAUCCCUGAGUUUAGUCCCCAGGAGCUCUCUCAAGCUCUCCUAGGCAUUGCAGCCUGAGUGGACCAAACCAAGCAGGCAGGAUUCCACCAAGUAUCCUCUACUUGUAACUGGACCAGCACUUGUUCCUGUACAGGCUAAUAUAAGGAGGAUUGAGUGUCCCAGCAGCCAGCAUGCUUUCAUGACUACCUUAAUUAACAUUCUUCGUGGGGUCUGAAUGGUAUAAACAGGGUCUAGGAAGGUACAAAUCAGGUGCCUAGGUUAGCCUUCAGUUAAAAUUGCAUUUUAGUUGGGAAUGUGUGAGCUGCAGGAGACAGCAGAGUUCCUGUGGUUUCUAAUAGAAGUGUUAGUUUCCUGUUUACUUUCAGUGAACUCCAUAGAAAUAGUCCUUGCCCGGUAGCCAAAUGGGGUUUCCAUCACCUCUAAAGGAACUUCCAACUUAGUUCAGUGAAAUGUAUGCUGGUAGUGCUUUUUCAGUGUUGAUUUUCAGUGUUGGUAACUGCUUUUAAUGUCAGAAAUAUACAGUAUGUUAAAAGUGGUUACUAAUGAACUUCGCCUUAACUUUUUGUCAAUGUAAAAUAUAUAAUCCCAUUCCACCUCCCCAUGAGCAAGCAUGGCCUGCAUUUCUCAAAAAUAAGAAAUGGCAGCCUAGAAAGCAUCUCCUCAAAGGAACUUGAUCUUUCUUAAGCAUCUUUCCCAAACUCACACACCUACUGUGUCCUAGCCACCUCUUCCAUUUUCAUAUUUAAGCCAGUUUUCCAUUCCCAUUAAGUUACCCUGACAAUGUUGUCUCCAGUGUGAGAGCCAUACUAAGUCUAAAGUUUCUCAGAUUGGGAGUUUGCAAGGCCAUACAAUCAAUAUUGCCUUUGCUAGGCCACUGCCAUCAUUGCCCCAACGUGGGCUGAUGAAUUCCAGAGACCCUUAGGGAGCCAGGAUAACUAAGUACCCUGUCUGGAUUGACCAUAUGGGUCACAGGCACUUAUCUCGGGUUCUUGGCUUUGCGGACUCUAGGGAAGUCCCAUGUAGAGGUUGAUAGCAGCGACUCCCAAUCUUCCCUGUGAUGGGCUAGUAGGAAUUGGGAUUCCUUUGGGUUGGAGUGUUUUGUUUGUUGAGGGGAGGAGGUUGGUUUAUGUUUCUGAGUAAGAAAAAGAAGUAACCAUGGCCCUUCUGUGAGUGUGUAGAGUUUUUGAGCAGUGUUUUAGCCACCAAUUGUGAGAGUCCCAAUAAGCAAUCUUAAAAAUAUUUUUCCUAACUCCUUUUGCCCCUAAGUGCAAAAGUGUAAGAAUAGGUUUCUUAUUGUAUUCAGAAUAGUAAGUAGGUCCCUGAACAUAGGUAAUAUAGUUGACAUAUUCUCUUAAAAACCAACCAGGAAAUCCGCUCCAGUAUUUUUAGAUCAGCAUAUAAAGGAAAAAGUGAACAUGUACUCCAUGUUUUUUGAUUACCAAAUUUGAUGUUACAAAGAAACCUCAGUUGUGUGGACAGAAUUUCUUUCAUUUUUUUCUCUUUUACUCACAUCACUUGCUGGUGCCAUUACCACCUUCCAGGUCUCAGAGCAGAGGAUUAUUCACAGUAAUGAAUGGGGUACCUGAUCAAGAGGACCACUGUCCCGACUGCCCCCAAACCUCUCUUUCAGGAUAGGUGAGACAUUUUCAGUGUUCUCUUCAUGAGCUCCAGACCAAAUCCCAGGCCCUUGCACCAAAAGGCUUUUUAGAAGGCUUAUCAAUCUGUUAGGAAUGUCUCAGGAAAGAUGAGCCAUUUCUUUGGGGAAAAAUAUACUUAACGAUGGGGGUGUGAUUGCAUGUGUGUGCAUGUGUGUGUGUGCUCAUCUGUAUGCAUUUCACUUUCAUAAAGUCUCACAACCCAGGCUGCUGGGAACCUUGUGUUCCUGAGUAUUCUCAGAGGUAAAGCUAUAGUGAGCUUCUAAAAUCAGUGUCUCAGCAAGCUGGCUCUGGGAAUGAGCCCCAGUUAUCAAGCAGAAAGAAGAGUAACAGCAGAGAAGAUAAGAGAUGAAACCAAAAAUAUAAACUGCCCCCUCAUGGAAAAUAAUGUUGAUUCAGCAAUUCCCAUUGAAGAUAUUACAUGCUCUAAUUUAUUAUAUUAUUAUUUGUUCAAUCUUUGCCCACUCUACUCUUAAAGAUGUUGGGAUGUUGAUUGUGAUUUUUUUUAAACUAGAUAAUGUAUAAAACAGCUGAGGAAAUCAGUUUUAAUUGAUGUGUGGAAGUGUAUGAUUAUUAAAUGCCUUGUUUUUUUACUUUUUUAAAAAUAUGUAAUAUUUCAUAAACCCUGGCACUGGUCGCAAAGCUCAGCUGUGAAAAUGAAACUUGUAGUAUUUUAAAACGUGAAUGUCAAUUUCAAAUGUAUUUGAAAUGGUUCCUUCGGGAGAGAUUUGUACACCAUUGGGGAAAACUCCUCUGCAGAGGAAGUAGCCUUCUUUGGAGAAAAUGGGUCCUGAUAAUUAUCUCAGAGUGACCCAUUUCCUAGAGCACCAUGGAAAACACAAAUGUGAUCUUUAAGUAUACCUCUUUCCCGGUUUGGGGAGGAAAGGACUCAGUUUGCACCCUUUUUUGUAUGUAAAAUAAAAUGUCUUACCUUUCUUGA